AUGGCCAUCAAAGCAGCUACUCAUCUUUUACUUUUCUCAUUUGCAUUUGGCGGAGGUGCUUUUUACUCUUAUGUUGCUUCUCCAAUUGCUUUCAAGACAUUGGAGAGACCAGCCUUCUCUGCCUUACAAACUAAAGUAUUCCCAAUAUAUUUUGCUCUCCAAACGACUGUUCCAUUAGUUAUUAUGGCCACUGCACCUGUUACAUUAACUACAGCUGGUUGGAGCACCUUAGGGGCUUCUGCUGUGUUUGGUGCUAUAAACUGGGGAAUAUUAUUACCAAAGAGUAAAAAAAUCAAGGAGGACAAGCAAAGAUUGAAUGAGCCUUUAGGUAAAGAAUUUGGUCGUAUUCAUGGAUUAAGUUUAUUAGCUAAUGCAGCACAUAUAUUUGCUUUAGCUGGCUAUGGGUUUGUUUUAAUGGGAGCUCUGUUAUGA